GAACACGUCACCCUGCUCGGGAAGCUGCUGAGAGGCUGGGCGCCGGAGGGAGAGAUCCUCCUGAUUUAUUUGUCUCUCUUCUCAUCUUGCCCCUCAAAAAGAGGCUGUGGGUAAGGCCAUGUCAUGGAUCAAAGAAGGAGAGUUGACCAUCAUAGAGAGAUUUUGUGCCAACAUUAUAAAGGCAGGUCCAAUGCCCAAGCAUGUCGCAUUCAUCAUGGAUGGGAAUCGCCGUUAUGCUCAGAAGUGCCACGUGAAGAGGCAGCAGGGGCAUUCAGAGGGCUUCGACAAACUGGCACAGACACUGCGGUGGUGCUUGAAUCUGGAUAUCCGGGAGGUCACGGUCUAUGCAUUUAGCAUUGAGAACUUUAAACGCUCCGAGGAGGAGGUGGAUGGGCUGAUGGAGCUGGCGAGGCAAAAAUUUAGCCGCCUGCUGGAAGAACAGGAGAAUUUGAAGAAGCAUGGUGUGCGUAUCCGUGUCCUUGGGGACCUGCCACUUCUGCCACUGGAUAUUCAGGAAUUGAUUGCCCAGGCUGUGCUGGCAACCAGGAACUACAACAAAUGUUUCCUGAAUGUCUGCUUUGCAUACACGUCAAGACAUGAAAUCAGCAAUGCAGUGAGAGAGAUGGCCUGGGGAGUGGAACAAGGACUACUUGAACCUAGCGAUGUGUCAGAGUCAUUGCUCAAUAAAUGUCUCUACACCAACAACUCCCCCAACCCAGACCUCCUGAUACGAACCUCUGGAGAGGUCCGGCUUAGUGACUUCUUGCUCUGGCAGACAUCCCACUCAUGCUUGGUCUUUCAGUCUGUGCUGUGGCCGGAAUAUUCCUUCUGGAACUUGUGUGAGGCUAUCCUUCGGUUCCAGAUGAACCACAGCGCUUUACAGAAGGCCAGAGAUUUGCACAUGGAGGAACUGAAGCGGCAGCAGCUGGAAAGUGAUCAGGCUUAUGUAACAAACAAGCUGCAACAGGAAGGGUCUGCAUCCCAUGGAGACUCUCAGCGCCGACGGACACUAUUGCAGAAAUACACUGCCCUGCGGGAAGAGAGAAUCCAGGGCUUUCUGCAGGCCCUAGAGCACAAAAGAGUGGACUUCCUUGAAAGAUUGUGUACAGUGUCUGCAUGACCUGGAUAGGCCUUGAGACGGUGAAUAUGAGCAGUGUUAGAAAUAACACUACUGCUAGGCCAGAGGAAUUCACUAUGUGGGCGGUGGGGGUGGGGGGUUCCACACUGGCGAUGCAAGACUGGUACAAGAUUUUAUAUCCAAAGUGGCACUAUCCAAAGGGCAGAGGCUGAGUACUAAGUACUACUUCUGUAAAUGCCACUGGGGAAGGUAACGUGUCAGGAUGGUCUUGCCUCCUGCCACUAAAAAUGGAGAAAGGAAUGCAAUGCCCCCUCUCUUCUCUGCUGCCUGACACUUUGCAUCUCUGGGUAUUUUUGUGACCAGCAAUUGACUAGAAUGAACUUCCAAUGUGGUUAAGUCCCCUUGUGAGUCAGCUGAGGCAAAGCAACCCAAUUCUCUCUUAAAUCUGCCUUGGGACCCUGUGCUUCAAUUCCUACUGCCAUUUUCAGUGAGAUUUGUUUAUUAUAACAACAUGGGUGGUCAGCUCUUCCAAAGAAGCAUGCUAUUCCCAUUCUUUGUGGAAAGAAUUGUUUAUGGUGGUGACAUGCUAUGAGCUGUGGCAAAAAAUAUUCUCCAUAAAUCAUUUUCUUGUCGAAU